ACAUCAACAAUGUAUUAAUCACAAGAUUAAAUUUGCUUGAGAUUAGGUCUAGGGUUAAUCACUAUCACAAAUUAAUCCAUUAAAAGUCUAUAUAUAAUUUGACAGAAAGAAAAUUGUGUCAUACGGGUAUUUAGUUACGGUUAAAACAAUGAGAGCUUUAGUUGCGUGUAGUUUUGCUCUUCUUUGCCUGUUUUCUGCAGCUUCUUCUGAAGGAGGAGACAACGGCUCAAUUGAAGAUGAAAUAACUUACGCAUUUUAUAGCCGUUCAUACUUUGACGGUAUCUUUACCCAUAUCUACGAAGACCCCGACUUUGUUAAUAUUCGGCGAGUGUUCAAUCCAAAGAAACCAACCGUUGUUUUGAUCCAUGGUUACCAAGAUGGAUAUGGAGCAGACUCCAACACUUACGUGAGGAAGGCUAUCCUUGAAAAAACAGACGCAAACAUAAUCAAAAUCGAUUGGAGUACUUUAGCUGGGGGAAGUUAUUUUGUUGCUAGAGACUCUGUGCCGUACGUUGGGCUUUUUGCAGCUCAAUUUUUACAAAGAGUUGCUAAGAAAUUUCAUUAUUCAAUUAGUAAUGUGACACUGGUAGGUUUCUCUUUGGGAGCUCACAUUGCAGGAAAUCUAGGAAGAACUCUGGGAGGAAAAGUUGGUGUUAUAGUAGCCUUAGAUCCCGCUGGUCCUUUUAUUGAAGGCGACCUUAGUGUUACGAAAUCUGAUGGCAAAUAUGUACAGUCAAUUCACACAAAUGGUGGAAUGUUAGGUAUGACAGCUGCAGUUGGGCAUGCAGAUUUCUAUCCUAAUGGUGGUUCAAGGCAGCCAGGAUGUGGACUGGAUCUUGUAGGAGGAUGCGCGCAUAACAGAGCUUGGGAAUUCUUUGCUGAAUCUGUCAAUGAUAACCGUUUUGUAUCGCAAGAGUGUUCUACAUGGGAUGAAUACAACAAGAAUGCUUGCAAUGGGACUUUCAAACUCAUGGGUGGACUAUCCAAUAUUGAUAAAACGGCACGUGGAAUUUAUUAUUUAGCUACAAAUAACCAGUCACCUUAUGGUCGUGGAUAAACCCACUGAAAAAGAAGAUCAUGUGAAUUAUAUACACGUACAUGUUAAUUAGUUUGUGUUAUUUUCUAAUAAAUAUUUAUCUUUGAGUCUUA